GUGGGGACCGCAUGCGAAGCCACACAUCAACAUAUUGACGCACUCCAUCUUUAUAAACUCCACCCUCGCCGCGAAAGGUUUCGCCACCCACCCAAUUGGCCUGUCAUCUACCCACCAUGUCCUGUCCCGACUGUUUCAGAGGCGGCGCAGCCAAAGGCGAGCCCAAAGGUACACUCACCCCCCUCUACGGCAUCAACACCUACGUCGCAGCUCCUCCCUCCGAGUCAACCUCUAAAUCUACCAUCCUCUUCCUCACCGACGCCUUCGGUCUCAAGUUGCUCAACAACAAGCUCCUCGCCGACGACUACGCCCUCCGCACUGGCCAUCGCGUCCUAGUCCCAGACAUCAUCCCCGGCCAUGGUGUGGAGCCCGCCGUCAUUGUCCACAUGGACAAUGUGAUGGCGCCAGUGAAAUGGUGGGAUCUUCUUGGACAACUAUCGCGAAUCUGGGCAGGUAUCAACGCGGCGAGCCACUUCAUCCCGUUCAUGCUCAAAGCGGCUCCCGACAAACCCGCCAUCUUCAAGAGCGAACUCGAAUAUGCGCGCAAGCUGAAGGCAGACAUCCCACCGGGCGGCAAGCUCGGCGUCUGUGGAUUCUGCUGGGGUGGAUACGGCAGCACAAACCUCUGCGUGGAGCCGGCGGUAGAAGGAGGCUCGGAACGGUUGAUCGAUGCGCAGUUCUGCGCGCAUCCGUCUGCCCUCAAGGGCCCGGAACAGGUCGUGGCCGCCGUUACCACUUACAAGGUGCCAUACUCGCUGGCGCACGCAGAACUCGACUUCAACUGGUCGACGGCGAAGAUGGAUGCUGCUGAGGCUGAGCUGAAGGAGAAGUAUGGUGCGACAGGAAAUGGAGACAACGGCUACAACUACGAGUUCGUCACGUACAAGGGCUGUGUCCAUGGAUUUGCAGCGAGGGCGAGACCCGGAACGGUCGAUGAGAAAGGCGCCGAUGAUGCGAAGGAGCAAGCGAUCAGGUGGUUCUCUAAGUGGCUUUAGAUGGACCUUUAAGGCGUAUGAAAGGUUCAAAGUCUUGGGCUGUUCGAUUUCAAAUAUUUGAGGUUUGCCAGUAAGAUAUCCGGAUUAUGAUGUAUGUAGUCAAGGGCGUAGCGUUAUGUUGGUGGCAUACUAUUUACCGCCCAUUCAAGUUCCCUUUUUUAAAAGAAAUAUUGAAAAACCGCCGUGCAACAGAGACAUUCGCACAUUUAGGUCCAUUCUAGCUUAUCAUACAAUAUCUUUACAGUUAUAGCUUCAAGUUGAAUGAAGAGCUUCUAUGGCUUCAAAGACUUCCGAGGGGGAAUUGAUGUACGCUACUGAUCCCAUAUUUUCAAGGCGGUUCGAUGCAUUGGAAAGGUAAAAAUUCUCUGAAAGCAAGGCCCAAAACACAGCAUCAUGACUUAUGCC